AUUGCUGUACCAUCAAGCAAGCCGGUGUUACAGUGGCGAACGCCUACUGCGACUGGAACAUUUCCUCCAUAUUGCUGAAAUUUCAAAAGACUCUGGUCAGGCUAUGGUUAUGUUUGCGUAGGUAUGAGCUGAAGUGUAUUUGUUGCAAAGUCCAGAGCCGAUGAAUUGCAGUCUGUUGUAGACGGAGACUUGGUAGCAGGAGCGCAUCUCUGUGGCUUUUUGUGUGUCAAGAAUAUAUAUAAAUACAAACACACAAACUAACACACAGACACGCUCGGUCUCGCGCUCUCUCUCUCUCUAUCUAUCUAUAAUAGCUGCGGAGAAUGUUCGUAGGGGAAUUUGUAGCGCACAUCUGGUCUGGAACGGGUGGUUGAAUGAGGGUUUCCAAGUUCCAGUUAGCCGAUUUAUUGAUGUCAGAGAGCUGUGCAAGAGGAGGAGGAGCUGUAGGAAACUCAGGUAGUUGCCGGUGCUUCAAUACGCAGAGUUCUUGCGUGUUGAGAGACUCGAUCGGCCAUUUGCUUGGUUUUAAGGUAUAGUUUUCAAAUAGGGACACAGAAAUGAAAUCGAAUUGAGGUGGAAAUCAGAGGAGGCAAUUGGUACGAGAAAUUUCCUUGUGUGCUUGACAAGGUUUUCAUAAUUAGUGGUUGCUUCGACGGGUAAUCGUGGGAUCAGAUUCUGUUAGGCGCGUCAAAAGGAGUUGCAAUUCGAAGAAGUUUAAAUGAUGCCGUGCUGCUGCAGCAUUAACUGCAACUCCUGGAGAAUUUUCUUUUUAGACUCGGAGACUGUCGUGUUGGAGUGGAGCUUGAUCUAAGCAGAGUGGAGGCACUCGAUCAAUUUCUUGUGGCUAGGACGUGGUGGAAUUCUCGAUGGUCUAAGUGUUGAAGUACGAGACUGGAAAAGUAUGGCAAAUCCAGGUUCUCCAGGAGCAUAUGAUCCUCACAAGUUCUUCAGAGGGUCCCCUCAAAGCCCCUAUCCGCCUCAGACAACUGGCUAUCAACCCUCGUCUCCUGGUAACUCGUUCCACUACCAGCCUUUGCACCCAUAUUCAGCUGGUAAUAUUCCUCCUAGUAGCUUUUCUUCAAACACAAGCAUGUAUCCUGGUAGUCCAGGAUUGAAUUAUGCCUACAACACUACACAUUUUCGAGAAACAGGUUCCCCGGUAUACCACGGGCCUCACUAUAACCAAGACCACAGCCCUCGUCAAGAUCCACAUAUAGCUUCUCAGUUCAGUCAACAAUCUUCUCAACAUCCCUCCUCCCCCUCUCAUUCUAAUCAUUCUCGUAUCCCAAUUCCAUCAAUGAUCCCGCCUCCACCAGUCUUUCCUCAAUCCAGACCGUCGCAGUCGACAUCUCUUCCCAUGUCCUUACCUCAGGGGUCCGACAGGUUUAACCCUGCCUUUUCUCAACCACUGGAUGGAGCUCGGCUGAUGGCGCUUUUAACUACACAAUCUGAAGGUGAAGGUGGAGAGGUUUAUGAGGAAACAGUCUACGUUCCUGGAGCACCACAAAACUCACCUAGACCCCCGCUAUUUCCAUUUAGACCGAUAGAUGCGUCUCACAGCAUUGGCACAGAGAUACCUGGUACUCCCCAGCCCAUGUCUCCAGCUCUAUCCACUGUGCCACUCGUCCCCUUUGUACACUCUGCACAAGGUAGGCAAACUUCUAAACUUCCGAGAGGACGAUAUCUUAAGGGGGAUCAAAUUGUUUAUGAUGUGGAUGCCCGUAAAGCUGGAGAUGCUCAAGCUCAACUAGAAGUCAGCGCAAUUGCCAAAUAUUAUUCGGAAAUAGCCUAUCCGAUGGGGAGGCAGAUUGCUGUGAACAAGAAUUUCGUCUUUUACUUGCUACGUAAUGGUCAGAUUCGUCUUCUCAACAUUCAUAAUUCACAGCGAGCCUUGCUUCGUGGCCAUACACAGCGGGUAACUGACAUGACAUUUCUUUCAGAAGACGAUUCCAUCCUGGCUAGUGCUAGCCAAGACGGACGAGUCUACAUCCGCAGGAUUAUAGAGGGACAUGGAGAGGAUGGAAAACCUACGGAACAGAUAAUACUAGCCCUGCAAUUUGUUGGUACUUGGGAGAGAUGUCAUCCUCGCCUAUGCUGGCAUUCUCAGAAACAGGGAUCCUUGGUGGUUGCUGUCGGGAAAUUUGUAAUUGCUAUAGAUGUAGCACAAGUAGCAGCACAAGGGGGAUCAAAUAUGGAUGUACUUGUGGAGUGUCGUGUGGACCAUCCAAUAAAAGGAGUUCAUGUGAUUGGGCAGCAUAAUGACGAUGUUACGGAAUUGGCAACCUGUGCAUCAGGAGCUGCUUGUCUGGCAUCUGCCUCCAAAGAUGGAACAGUUCGGUUUUGGAGCGAAAGGAAGCAUUGCCAGGCAUCAGUAUUCGUUCCAUACGACGGAAAUCCUGUGGACACAGUCGCUUUUCUACCGCCACCGCGAGGCACAGAUGGACAGUUCCUACUGACGGGGGGACCUGUCAAUCGAGAGUUGAAACUGUGGGCAUAUGAUGAUCAGUCUACCCAACCAGGCCUUGGAGUUUGGCGGUGCAUGCAGACGCUCGAGUUUCAGAGCAACGGCAAAUCAGAGAUUGCAUUUUUCAAUCAGUUUGUUGUCUCUUCUCGAGCAAAUCUAAUUAUUCUGGCGAACGCUAAAAAACACGCAAUAUACGCGAUCCACUAUGAAUUUGCGUCGACUUCUGGCAGUCCUCGCUUUGACUACCUCACUGAGUUUGCUGUGGCAACGUCUAUUCUUAGUUUGACUGUUGAUGACGAUGGAGUCAGUGAUAGUGGUGAAGGCAUUCUCAAAAUAUUCUGUCAGCAGACACAAGCAAUUCUGCAGUGUACCGUUGACAUGUCACAGUGUCUGCCCAAUCCAGCAGACGGACUCACCACGAAUGGAUCAACUCCGAACACACCAAAGAAAGGGUUGGGGUUGGUUCCGGCAGCUGGGACACCGACUUCCUCAUCUUUUCCACCUUUUGAAAAAGCUCAUCCGAAGUUGAUGGCCAACUCAACAACGCCUGGAGUGAGCAAUGCAUCUUUAAAUUCAAAUCUUGGUAUUCCUCCUCGGCCCGCAGCUCUCGGAAAUCUGACCGAAUUGGGUUACUCUGGUCAAGUACUAGUAAAUCCUUCAGAAAUGAAUAAGGCUUUUGAUGCUAACAAAUUAACCUUACUGCGAGAUUCUAAAGAGGGAGCAGUAAGGCCGAGCAGUCCAGUAAUACAGUCCGGCCUAACAUCUUCGAAUCUAUCAAAGCCACCAACACCACCCCCGAAAAGACGCCUUAGGCCCAGAAGCCCAGCAAAAGGAGAAAUUCAGUAUCCUUCUGGUUCCACUGGUCUUUCUAGAUACAGGGCGGAAAAAGUAGAAGAAACAAAGGAUAUUUUGCCGGAUUCGGAAGGUAGUGCUGGUAGAAAUCAGUCUUCUUUCAACAGUAAUUCCAUGGAGGAUGAAACAGGAGAUCAAGAAGACAGAGACGGGGUUUCCAGCAGCAGCACUGGAAAUCCAGUAACUACUCAGCUGCAGACGAGUCCACAACUCAUUAGUCCCUCUGAUAUCAUAUCCAUGGCAACUGGUAAUAAACGGGAUUCACAAAAUCAAGAUGCUGGGUUUGAUCUUAUGGAUGUUUCAGAUUGGCAAGACGAUGCGAAGGAAAGAAACGUGGCGGUUGAUAAGGUGAGAGUGACGUGGUCCUCUGAAGUUUUGGUUCGCAAUCGGGAAGAAGUUAGUGAAUCUCCUUCCAGCCCUCCUAUUUUUGACUCCUCUGUAAAACAAGAUGGAGCGGGCACAGAAUAUUUCGAAAAAGAGAUGACAACCGAGAGCAAUAGCGGCCCUGCUGCUACAACUGACGAAGUCCAAGAGAGAGACUUCAUCGAGGACAAAGAGCGGUCUGCUCCUGAUGAUUUACAGGAUCAACUUAGAAGCAUAGCACUCAAGCUAGACCGGCAAUCUGGUAAUAUCGUUGCUGGCAUGCUCUCUCCAACGUCGUCAGCAGUGAAAGGAAGGAAGAGUAAGAACAAGAAUGGGGGUGCAGCAAGCGUGCCCUUGCCUUCAUCUCUGCAGCUACGAACUAGUUCUGUGACGGGUUCAUCAAAAGAAGUUGGGUCUAGUUCAACUCCAUCUUCUACAAGCAUGAUUGCGCAGGUGGCUUCUAUGCAAGAGUCAAUCUUCCAGUUGAUUGAAAUGCAGAAGGAGCUGCAGAAGCAAUUUAUAACGAUAGUAGCCAAUCCGGUAGUGAAGGAGGGCAAGCGAUUGGAAGUGACCUUGGGCCAACGAUUGGAGAAAGUCAUGAAGGCUAAUGUGGACUCCAUCUGGAUACGACUUGCCGAAGAAAAUGUCAAAAGAGAAAAACAGGAACGUGAAAGGAUUCAGCAAAUUACCGCACUACUUAACGGUUUCUCAGUCAAGGAUUUGCCAGCUGCCUUGGAGCUUGGUCUCAAGAAAGAAGUCAAUGCUAUUGCAGCUACUAUCUCUCAGACCUUGGUUGUUCCUGUUCAAAAUGCAUUAACAGCUGCCCUUGCAGAAAAUUUUCAGAAGAGUCUCAUAGAAAAAGUGGUGCCUCAGAUGGAAAAGACAGUUUCUAAGCUGGAAGGAACCAUGACCAAGCAGCUCAAAUUCCAGUUUCAGACGGCUGGAAAGCAGGCAUUGCAAGAUGGAAUUCGUGCAGGUUUUGAGACCUUGAUUAUUCCGACAUUUGAGCGAUCUUGUAAGGCUAUGUUUGAUGAAGUCAAUAGUGUCUUUCAAACGGGAAUGGCAGAAUACAGCUCCCAGGUUCAGAGAGAAUUCGCAUCAACGCAUACUGCGCUUGCCACCAACCUCCAGGAUUUGGUGACAGGAGCAUCAUCUCUUGCCAAGACCUUGAACGAAGAGAUUGUACAGAGCAUGACAAAACUUUUGGAACUUAUAAAAAUGGCGGAUGGAAGUGGGGAUGUGGACCAACCCAAUAACAAUUUGCCAGAUCAGGUAUAUUCGUUGCGGCGCUCGGAGGAAUCCUUGGACCCAACGAUUGAGAUUGGCAGAUUACUUCAUGGAGGGAUGAUGGAGGAAGCUUUUAACAAGGCUCUGACAGCUGGUGAUCUGCAAGUCGUGUUCUGGCUGUGCAAUCAGCUCGAUCCUGUUUCCCUUCUUUCAGCGGAGCCUCUUCCCGUAAGCCAAGGUGUGCUGUUGUCCUUGGUGCAGCAGCUUUCAUCUGAUUUAUCGAAGGAUACAGGGCAAAAACUUAGGUGGAUUAAAGAAGCAACCUUAGCUCUCAAUCCAAAAGAUUCUGUUUUAGGCCCGCACAUGCAUUAUUUCUUGGAACAGUCGUACCAUAAUUGCGUUCAUCAAAUGAGCGUUUCAAAGGAUCCGUCGGAGCAAGUAACUCUGAAGCUUGUCAUACAUGUUAUCAACUCUUUGUUGAGUUCAUGCAAAUGACGAAGGUUACUGUAUAUAUAAUGGUGAAUCUGGAGUCGUGUGAAGAAUAGGAUCAACUUCUCAGAUACAUAAUGGCGUACGGAAAUAGGAAAAGGAGGAGGUAUUCGAUGAGUAUGACGAAGAUGCGAUGCCUUACAACAAUUGGUUCCAAGCCUACUCAGUUACCAUAUGCUCCUAUGUCUGAUCAUUUCCACACCACAUGCCUGUACGAAAAGACGACCACAUUUACCUCAGGACCUCAUAUCGAAUUCAGGACCUUGCAUACAUGAGACCUCUUAUGAGGUUCAACGUCGGCAUUUUGUCAAGGUGUGAGGAGUGAGUGUAUGUUUCAGUUUCUUCCAUCCACUUUUCCCAAUUUCUCGCAGAUGUAUGUACUUCUAGGUAUGUAGCUAUCCGAUUGCUAGAGUGCACCCAUUUACAAAUCUUCCCAUUCAGUUUGGAACACAAAUUGCGUUUUUAGGACCGUCCAUAACAUUUCAUCAAUCGAUUGAUAAUUCCAUGUGUGAUGCUCUCAUAGAAA